CCCCGAGUCACCCUUAGCUUCAAGGACUCGCACUUGUUCACAAUGACUGAUUCAAACUCUGAUAAGAAGCUGAUUGAGGACAAGAGUGUAAAAGGGAGCAAAAAGAAGCAAAAGAAGGAAGAUGCGUGGCGACCAGAAGGACCCAGAGACCCAAUUGCUAUGCUGGACACCCUUCCUGAGUCGAAGCAGCAGGAGAUCCAGAGAGCCCUCCACCUCUUCUCCAUGGGCCCGAGUAUGCCCAAAACCCUGCAGCAAGCCAAAAAACGCACAUACCGUUUCUGGGAGACACAGCCCGUCCCCAAAUUGGGUGGCAAUAUUGAGACUCAUGGCCCAAUAGUAGAGAGUGAAGCCAGUGUUCGUAAGGAACCCUACUCUUUACCGCAGGGGUUCUCCUGGGACACUCUGGAUCUGAGCAGCCCUACGGUGUUGAGAGAGUUAUGCACUCUGCUAAAUGAGAACUACAUGGAAGAGGAUGACAACUCUAUCAGAUUUGAGUUUUCACCGGAGUAUCUGCAAUGGGCUUUACAACCUCCUAAGUGGCUGGCCCGGUGGCACUGUGGUGUGCGAGUAGACACUAAUAACAAGUUGGUCGGCUUCAUUGCUGCUCUUCCUGCAGAUGUCCGCAUAUAUGACACGGAGAAGCGGAUGGUACGGGUCACAUUCCUGUGUGUUCAUAAGAAGCUGCGCCUCAAGCGGAUGACUCCAGUUCUGAUCCGAGAGCUCACCAGACGGGUCAACCAGCGGGGCCUCUACCAGGCUGUCUAUACAGCUGGCGUAGUGCUGCCCACACCACUGAGCUCCAGCAGGUGCUGGUAUCGCCCUCUGAAUCUCCGAAAGCUGACGGAGGUGAGCUACCCAGGACUGAAACAGAACAUGAACCUGCAGAGAGCUCUCAAAUUAAACCGUCUGCCGGAGGUGACAAAGACACCAGGUCUGCGCCCCAUGACCAAAGAAGAUGCUGCAGGGAUACACUCACUACUGCAGAAAAACCUCUGCAAGUUUCACCUCAGCCCCAUGCUGUCUGUUCCAGAAGUAGAGCACUGGCUGUUGCCGAGGGAGAAUGUGAUUGACGCCUAUGUUGUGGAGGGUGAUGAUGGCACGCUGACAGACGUGGUGAGUUUCUACGCCAUCACUUACAAGGUGCUGAAUCACCCUGUGCACACUGGUCUGAGAGCAGCUCAUCUCUUUUAUGUUGCCUCCACCGCCACAGACCCUGUCGACCUCAUGGAGGACGCACUGGUCCUGGCUAAAUCUAAAGGUUUUGACGUCUUCCAUGCUCUUGACGUGAUGGAUAACAAGAGUUUCCUGGAGAAGCUCAAGUUCAGCAUUGAUGACAAGAGCCUCCAUUACUACCUGUACAACUGGAUGUGUCCUAAUAUGAGCUCAGACAAGGUACUGAAUACUGUAAUACCUCCACCUGCCAAGACAUAUCACUGUCAGUCUGCAUAGUCAAAGUCCUCCGCACAAUUCCUCCCUGCUGAAGGGAAAAUCAAGAUUUUACAGUCAUCAUCUUGUAAAAAUAGAAAGACCCUCUUGGA